AUGGAGCUUCUCGAAAAAUCCCUCUACGCCGUUCCCCCGGUCCCCCGGCGAACACGCACAAAAACGAUGAAAGUGCUGGCGCUGGGCAUCUCCCGCUCUGGCACUGAAUCCCUGGCCCUGGCGCUGCGGAUGCUGGGCUAUGAUCACGUCUUUCACGGGUUGGAACUUGUUGAGCAGAACACGUGGGAGCCUUGGGUGAGACUUGCGCGCAGGAAAUGGGGCAUCAAGGCAGACAGUGCAUAUCAGAUGGGCUGGUCAGGCAUCACCCGUGAUGAAUUUGAUGUGCUGCUGGGUCACUGCGAGGCUGUCACGGAUAUGCCGUGUGCGGUCUUUGCGUCUGAGCUUAUCAAGGCGUAUCCCGAGGCAAAGGUGAUUCUGAAUCAUCGGGCUGUGGAUUCGUGGUAUAAGAGUGCGGUGAAUGUGUAUAGCCCGCUGAUGGGGGGGAUGCUGUAUCAUGUUCUGCCUUGGUUUAAUGCGGAUGUAUACUGGGAGCGACAGUUUGUGGAUGAUCUGGUGAAGCCUUUUUACCAUGGCUCUGUCAUUCGUCACGGAAAAUCCGUGUACGAGGAGCAUUGUGCCCGAGUCAGAGGGUCUGUUCCUGCUGAUCGGCUGUUGGAGUGGACGGUUGAAGAUGGAUGGGAGCCGUUGUGCGAAUUCCUGGAAAAAGACAUUCCAUCCGACGACUUCCCGAGAGGAAAUACAGCCGAUAUAACACUCGGACGAUUCGACAACGGCAUGCCCAAGUCUGUUGUCGCAGCCCAGCGCAGUCUGGUCAUCUCGACAGUCUCCAUAGGACUGGUGGCAGCAUGGGGAGUUUCCAAGACAGGAUGGGGGAUUCAUGCAUACAAGGCAUGCAUCGAUAUGGUGCAAUCUGUCAGACAAUAG